AUGGGAAUCGUUUACAAGAAAUCUCUACACGGCGAAAGCGACGAAAAGAUCCUGGUCUGCAACAACUGCAAGACUCACUUUGCAACCUACGACCAAAUCCUCUCCAAGAACUUCCAUGGACAGUACGGAAAGGCGUACCUCUUCAACACUGUGAUCAAUGUCUACACGGGCGAAGCCGAAGACAGGUCCAUGAGGACAGGGCUGCACACUGUCCAGGAUAUCCACUGCGCCGAGUGCUCGACUGUUGUCGGGUGGAAAUAUCUCGUGGCCUACGAACCAAGCGAGCAAUACAAAGAGGGACAUUUCAUUCUAGAACGAACCCUGCUGCACUGCGUGUGA